AUGGAUCUGAGUUCUACAACCAUAGAUCUGAGUUCUACCAGCAUCGAUCCUAGUUCUGCCACCAUGGAUCUGAGUUCUACAACCAUAGAUCUGAGUUCUGCCACCAUGGAUCCCAGUUCUGCCACCAUGGAUCUGAGUUCUACAACCAUAGAUCUGAGUUCUGCCACCAUGGAUCUGAGUUCUACAACCAUAGAUCUGAGUUCUACCAGCAUGGAUCCCAGUUCUGCCACCAUAGAUCUGAGUUCUACCAGCAUGGAUCCCAGUUCUGCCACCAUAGAUCUGAGUUCUACCAGCAUGGAUCCCAGUUCUACAACCAGAGAUCUGAGUUCUACCAGCAUGGAUCCCAGUUCUGCCACCAUGGAUCUGAGUUCUACAACCAUGGAUCCCAGUUCUGCCACCAUGGAUCUGAGUUCUGCCACCAUGGAUCCCAGUUCUGCCACCAUAGAUCUGAGUUCUACCAGCAUGGAUCCCAGUUCUGCCACCAUGGAUCUGAGUUCUACAACCAUGGAUCUGAGUUCUGCCACCAUGGAUCUGAGUUCUGCAACCAUGGAUCCCAGUUCUGCCACCAUGGAUCUGAGUUCUACAACCAUAGAUCCGAGUUCUGCCACCAUGGAUCUGAGUUCUACAACCAUAGAUCUGAGUUCUGCCACCAUGGAUCUGAGUUCUACAACCAUAGAUCUGAGUUCUACCAGCAUGGAUCCCAGUUCUGCCACCAUGGAUCUGAGUUCUACAACCAUAGAUCUGAGUUUUGCCACCAUGGAUCCCAGUUCUACCAGCAUGGAUCCCAGUUCUGCCACCAUGGAUCUGAGUUCUACAACCAUAGAUCUGAGUUCUACCAGCAUGGAUCCCAGUUCUGCCACCAUGGAUCUGAGUUCUACAACCAUAGAUCUGAGUUCUGCCACCAUGGAUCCCAGUUCUGCCACCAUGGAUCCCAGUUCUGCCACCAUGGAUCCCGGUUCUGCCCCUAUGGAUCCCAGUUCUAUCACCAUGGAACUCAACACCUGCUACAUUUACAUCACUUGA